AUGGUCGUUGAGGGCUGGAUCGACACCCUUAUAAAUACUAUCACGGAGAGGCUUACUUUAUCAUCAUCAACGACCAAAGAAGAUGCAAGCACUAUUGAAGAGGUCGAAAAGGAAUGGGAAGGGAUUGGUGAGGAUCAAUACAAGAGGGCUCAGCAAUUUCUAAACUCCAUCGGCGUGGUUAUUUCAGGACCGUUAUUGAAAGAGAUGAUGAAGCAAAAGUUAGAAGACAGGAUAUAUUACAAUGAGAUUGGUGCUUGUUUCUCUAUUGACAUGAAUGGAAACAAAGAAGGGAAACCCUUGAACUUGCUUUUGUUAUGCCCGUUGUACAUAUCUUGUGGGGGUGUUUGUUACGAGACCCGUGAUUUAUUGCCAUUCUUAAAUAUUGAGAUCGUUAACGAGGAGAGAAAAAGGGAAAGGUUUUUUGUUUGCUCACCAUUCCAACAAAUGUCGUAUGAAACAGAAUGCUGCGAUGAGGAGAGCAUUGCAGAAUAUUUGAUAGAGAACAUAAUAUAUAAGAAUCCAAUCGAAACCAGCGAUGUGGGACAACACUGGCUUGUGGUCAGUUUAAAGACACCGAAUGGAGGCUAUUUGACAUCCAAGAAAUACAGAAUUAAUAUUUCGUAUGAUAAUCCAAUGCUCACCGGCAAAUACGGGUCUAUAUGGAACAAAAUUAUGCGAGUUCUGAUGGCGUUGCGCAAUAUAGAAGACCGUUCGUUACAUUUGAAAGUGUGGUACUUUUUUGCAUCCAUAGAAAAUGCGACUUGUAUUUCAGAAUGGGAGAAGCUAUCACGGUUACAUAUGCUUAAUGCAGACAGAUCCGUAUAUGUUGAAUUGACCAGACAAUACUUUGAAAGCAUCGAGCUUGGAGAGUCACCAUAUUUUCUUCUCACCCAAUCCAAGAUAUUUUGUAUAAUUUUUGCCAUGUAUUCUCAAGACGACACUAGUUUAUUUCCUUUCAGUCAAGAGCUCAAGAUACUUUUUCAGAGUUAUUUUGACAAAUUUAUUAAGAAGUAUCAAUGUUUGACAAGGAUUGUUUCUAUCUUCAAAAUAUCGAUUUCAAUCAUUGAAAAAGAUGAGUUAUUACGAAAAGAAAUUGAAAAGAACAAAGUAAGAAUGCUAUUAACUAUUAAGAACGACGUGAUGGGUGAACUCUCCAGACUCUGCUCAGAACUGUCUUAUAAGAUAAGACCAAUGAUCAUUGCAGAUUUUUUGAAAUGUGUAUUUACAGUAUGCCAAGAAGCUGAGUGUUUGUUGACACAGAUCUGA